UCUCGAGACUCGCUGCCGAGUUGCGGCUGUAAACUGCACGAGAGCAUGACUGGUGCUGAUCUUGCCACGGUCAUCGUGACGUCGAUUGUUGGUAAACUUAAGCGCACAACCCCCGACUUACAAGAGCCAACGGUUUACUAUCGUGACCGAUGGAGUAAUUGCUUUGGCGGCGUGUUCUAGUGUAGUGGCUUCAGGCUUGAAGUGUGUAUUAGAUAACCGACAAUUGUUUUAUAUUUUCUAAUAAUUAUAAACGAAAUUAAGAAAAUUGUAGAAACUGAUUUUACAAAAAUUGCAAUAGAUCUCUUCUCUAGGGUGCAAGAAAGAUCGGAUUGCCAAACACUGAUCUUAUCAAGCUCAAGUCUAAUCUAGCGUAAAGGUAUUGUUGAUUGAAGGAAAGUGCUGGACAACACACGCAAACACACACACCCACUCGACCAUUCGCGUGCUCAGGUCCUCAUCGGGUGGACCGGCUAGCGUCGCCAAUAUCUGCAAGUCAUUGCAAGCCGCAAUGAUGCUAUUUCUGGACAAAAAGCGCAUAGCUAGACCGUCAUUCAUUUAGUGCUGCGAUAGCCAUCCAUCCUUCCUGAGGUGCGAGUUUGUGUGGAACUGAUAGCGAGACGAUGGAACGUUGGAAUGGUAAGGUGGCCGUUGUGACCGGUGCUAGCUCCGGUAUUGGGGCGGCCAUUGUGAAGGAUCUCGCCAAAGCUGGCAUGAUAACGAUCGGGCUAGCCCGGCGCGUUGAACGUGUGGAGCAGCUCAAGAAGGACCUAUCAAAGGAGGCCGCCGCACGGUUACAUGCGAUGAAGUGUGACGUUUCCGUGGAGACCGACAUCGAGCGAACGUUCCAGCGCAUUCACGAUACGCACGGUGGUGUGGACGUGCUGGUGAAUAAUGCUGGAAUCGUUCGAUCGAACAAUCUGCUCGAUGUUGGCACGGCGGCAGAUCUACGGGCCGUACUGGACACGAACGUAACUGGCCUAGUUCUGUGUAGUCAGUGGGCGUUCAAAUCGAUGGUGGAGCGGAAAGUCGCCGGCCACAUUGUGCACAUCAACAGUAUCGCGGGACACAUUGUACCGUUCCUGCCGAAGCUGAACAUCUACCCCGGCACGAAGCAUGCGGUUACGGCUCUGACGGAAGUUAUGCGGCAGGAGAUGCGAGAAGCCGGAACGAAGAUCAAAGUGACGAGUGUCAGCCCCGGUGGUGUGAAGACAGAAAUUCUGAAUUCGGCAGAAAUCCCCGAGGGUAUGCCGCUGCUCGAAGCGGAAGACAUCUCAGCAGCGGUACUGUACGCGAUCGGUACACCGCCCCAUGUGCAGGUGCACGAGCUUAUCAUCAAACCGAUGGGGGAAGCUUUCUAGCUACUGGAUUAAAGCUGUAUUAAAUGGAGUAUGGAGGACUCAAAGUGAGAAGCUCUUGGCCCAACAUAGUAAGGGAAGAAUUGAAUCAUAAUUUGGCAUAUUAAAAAAAAAUCUUACAUCUCACAAUCCGA